AGCGCUAUAGGCUCUCUGCUUUGGGGACAGGGACGCAGCUUGCAAACCUGGGCAUGCUUUCCUUUGGCUAAACGUUUGUUGUUAAUCUUAAAGGCUUUGUGUGUAACAAGACAAGACUCGGACAGAUCUGUUGCCAUGGUGGAUGUUUCUCUCCUCUUUUUUCAGGUGAAAGUAAUUUGUUUUUUGUCAUCGGUGCCACAAGAGGACAUGCAAGGAUUUAUUCUUUCCAGAAAACUCCAGUCUAAAUUGAAGGUUGGUGCAUCGCUGCAGUUGUAGUCCUUCUGUGAUAACUGUGGCAACAGGCAAACACAAUUCCCCAAUCACACUGAGAGAAGAGCAGGAGGGGGGAUGGGAGACAAUAUACCUGGAGGAAUUGUAGCAGCUGCAAAGAACCGUCUGCAGGUGGUGAAGGGGUUGGAAGAUGUGGAGGUGUCUGAGUGUGAGAGCUGCUCCUUUGAAGUGAAACUCAAUCUGGCCUAUAUCGAGGGUGUGUGGACCAGAGAUGGGAUGCAGCUUAAGUCAAAGCCCAGCUGGCGCAUCAGCACACAUGGGAAGAAGCACUCCCUCGUACUGAACAGGGUGGCUUUGGGAGAUGCAGGCCUGUUCUCUUUUCAGGCCAACGGCAUUCAGACCUCAUGCAGACUCAGUGUCACAGCUAGGGACAUCCAUAUAGUGAAGGAGCUCGAAAAUGUUGACACGAUGGAGCGUCAACCUGUGAAUUUCCUGUGUGAGGUCAACCAGGUGGAUUUGGAUGGUCGGUGGUACAGAGAUGACUGCCGAAUUCGACCUGGGGACAACAUCAAGAUCAGAUACCAGGGUAAAACUCACACCCUGUUCUUCAAGUCAGUCAGGCCAGAGCAUGCUGGAGAGAUCAGAUUCACUGCAGAGCGUGUCUCUUCCUAUGCAACUCUUACAGUGAAAGAGCUUCCAGUCCAAAUAGUGCGUCCUCUGAGGGUCAAGAUAGCCAUGUAUCGCCACCGAGGUCUGCUGGAGUGCCAGGUGUCACGGCCUAAUGCUCAGGUCCGGUGGUACAAGAACAGGAAGGAGCUCGUGCCCAGUAAAAAAUACCAACUGAUCAGCCAAGAUGUCUACAGGCAGCUGACCAUCGACAACGUCUGCUCUUCAGAUGAGGACACCUACACCUGUGAUGCAGGGGAUGACAACACCUCUUGUCAGCUUCUCGUGGAGGAGCAGGCUAUCAGAAUAGUGAGGGGGAUGAGCUCAGUGGAGGUGAUGGAGCCAGAGCCAGCGCUGUUCCAAGUGGAGACCAGCCUGAAAUCAGGGAGGCCUCCCCGGUGGACCCUGAACGGUGAGGUGCUGGAGCCUAGCGCAGCAGUGAACAUCGACAGGAAAGGCACCCUCCACAGCCUCUGUCUCACCUCCACAGAAAGCUCCAUGUCGGGCCCCAUGCUCUUUGUAGCUGGCAAGAGUCGUUCCACUGCUCAGCUUACUGUCAAAGAGCGACCUCUCCAGGUUGCCCGCCACUUGGACGAUGCAGAGGCGAAGGAGAACAGCUCUGUGACUCUGAGCUGUGCGUUUUCCCCGUCUCCCAGGGUGGUGCGGUGGUUUAAAGGUCGUACGGCUCUGAAGACCUCGAACAAGUACAGCAUGAAAAGGGAAGGGAAGCGAGCACAGCUGACCAUUCAUGGCUUGACAGGGAUGGAUGCAGGACAGUACCGCUGCAUGGCUGGGGGCUCCCAGAGCACAGCUCAUGUUAAGGUUGAGGUGCGAACACUGAAGUUGGUCAAACACUUGGAGCCAGUGGAAAUGGAGGAGGAGGGCAUGGCAACAUUCUCCUGUGAGCUCAACUAUGUGGUCGCCAACGUGGAGUGGCUCCUUAACAAUGUUCGCCUCUAUUGCAACGCCAUCAACAGGAUCCAGCACAUGGGCACUAUGCACAGUCUCACAAUAAAGACGCUGCGACCACAGGAGAGCAGGGUCACAUUCAAAGCCGGCCUUCUCUCUGAGACAACCACCUUAAAGGUCAAAGAGCGCCCAGCAGUGUUCCUGAGGUCUCUGGAGGAUGCAGUAGGAGAAGAACAAGGGGAAGUCUGCUUGCAGUGUGACAUUUCCAAAGAGACAGUGACCCCUGUUUGGAGGAAGGAUGGUAUGGUCCUUACCGCUGAUGAUAAACAUGAGUUACUUCAGUUUGGAAAGACCAUGGCAUUGAUCAUCCAUUCCCUGAGCAAGGAUGACGCUGGACUGUACACCUGUGACCUGGGCACCAGCCAGACCAAGGCCAAAGUUACUGUACAUGACUUACAUAUCACUAUUGUUCAACGUAUGAAGACAACAACUGUCCUGGAAGGCGAAAGCUGCACUUUUGAUUGUCACCUCUCUCAUGAUCUCGAUGAUGAGCCUUCCUGGACCAUCAAUGGCCAGGUGUUGGUCCCCAAUAGCCGCAUCCAGGUUAUCAACAAUGGCCGCAACUAUAGGAUGACCAUUAAAGAUGCUAUACUGACUGAUGCUGGAGACGUGGUCUUCACAAUUAAGGACUUGAGCUGUAGGACCAUGCUCUUUGUUAAAGAGAAGCCAGUGCACAUCUUCAGGGAGCUGUUGAAUGUCAAAGCGGUACCUGGCGAGGACGCAGAGCUGAGCUGUGAGAUCACCAAACCAGAAGUCACUAUCCGUUGGCUGAAAAAUGGCCAUUUGAUCAGGCAGAGCCCAAAGUAUGAAAUGAGUGUGGAGAAGAACUCGGCGCGAUUGGUGAUCAAGAAUACCACCAUCAGAGACUCUGGAGAGUACUGCUGUGAGGCCGAAGGCAUUGCCUCGCGUGCCAAGCUGGAGAUUAGAGAACUUCAGCAUACAUUUGCGAGGGAGUUAAGGGACACACGAGCAGAGGAAAAGGGUAAAGUGACCCUGGAGUGUGAGACCAGGCGGCCAGCCAAGCGGGUGACCUGGCUGAAGGGCAUGGUGGAGCUGAGGUCUGGUAGGAAGUAUGUCAUCAGGCAGAAGGGCGUGGUGUUGUCCCUAACCAUCACUUCACUGGAGAAAUCGGACACGGAUGUAUACACGUGUGAUGUCAGUACCAUGCAAAGCCGGGCGCAGCUGACUGUGCAGGGUCAGAAGGUGUUGAUCCUGGAUGAAUUAGAGGAUGUUGAGUGUCUAGAGGGCGACACAGUCACAUUCAGGUGUCGAAUUUGUCCCAGUGACUACAUUGGGGUCAAGUGGUAUCUGGACGAGACUCUGCUGUACACCAAUGAGCUCAAUGAGAUCCAGAUGUUGCCCGGAGGCUUCCACACCCUCACAUUUAGACAGCUUGCCCGCAAAGACACUGGCACUAUCUCGUUUGCAGCAGGGGACAAAAGAUCGUAUGCCUCAAUGUUGGUUAGAGAGAGACGUCCCACCAUCAUUAAAGCACUUGAAGACUGUGAGGCUAUUGAAGGAGGUGGUUUGGUUUUGUCUUGUGUGGCCUCCAAGCCAUGUCACAUCCUGUGGUACAAAGAUGGCUGCCUGAUGUGGAACUCUUCAAGGUAUUUUGCCAGUCGUUCUGGCUGUGAGGCCCGGCUGACGAUUCGGGAGGUCUGCAACAACGAUGCCGGAGUGUACGAGUGCAGUGCUGGAUCUGUUACAACUAGGGCCGUUGUAACUGUCAAAGCCAUCCCAGCAGAGUUCACCCAGUCUCUAAAGACUGUGGAGGCCAAAGAGGGGGAGACUGUGACCCUGACCUGUGAAUACUCUCUGCCUGGGGUCCAGUUCCACUGGAGGAGAGGUUUUGAGACUAUCAGGCCUGGAGAUAAGUACCUGAUGAAACAGAGGAAGACCAUUAAUUCCCUAACCAUUAAAGCCCUGAAGCCUGAGGACUCAGGAGAAUAUACCUGUCAGUGCAGAGAUCACCGCACUACAGCAAGCCUCAAAGUACAUGCUGUUCCCAUUACAUUUAUACAACAGUUAAAGGACAUGCAAGCAGAGGAGGGAAGCAAUGCCCUAUUGCGCUGUGAGCUGUCUAAACCUGGUAUUCCAGUAGAAUGGAGGAAGGGACAUGAUCUGUUGAAGAAUGGAGUGAAAUACCAGAUAAGGAAAAGGGAGACCAGCCUGGAGCUUCUGAUCUGGAAGCCUGUUCCUGAGGACAGUGGGGUCUACAGCUGUGUGUGUGCUGAUCAAAUGACAUCUGCCACUGUCAAAAUCACUGCUCUCCCAGUCACCUUCAAGCAGAAGCUGAGGAAUGUGCUGGUUGAGGAGGGCAACACUGCGGCUUUACGCUGUGAGCUGUCAAAGUCUGGUCACACUGUCGAGUGGAGGAAGAGGGGGGAUGAACUCAUCCGGAGUGGAGAGAAAUAUCAUAUGCGGCAGAGAGACAUGCUGAUUGAACUGAGGAUCUUUGAUGUUACACCUGAGGACAGCGACAUCUACACAUGCAUCUGUGGGAACAUAGAGACCACUGCAACUCUGACUGUUAAUGCUCUUCCCAUCAACUUUAAGCAAAAACUGAAGAACCUCCAAGUAGAGGAAGGACACAACAUCACACUAUAUUGUGAGAUCUCUAAAGCGGGUGUCCCAGUAGAGUGGAGGCUUGGAGGAAAUCUGCUGGAGAACGGAGAGAAGUACCAGAUUAAGCAGAGGGACUCGGCCCUGGAGUUGAUCAUCAGAGAUGCUGAACCAGAGGACAGUGGGAUCUACACCUGUGUUUGUAGAGAGCAGAGAACAAAGGCCACCGUUAAAGUUAUCGCUGUUCCCGCCACAUUUAAAGUAAGACUGAAGAGCCAGGAGGCCGAAGAAUAUAGCAGUGUGACAUUACGCUGUGAGCUUUCAAAGAAGGGAGUCGCGGUGCAGUGGCAGAGAGAGACUCAGGUGCUGUCCGAGGAGAUAUAUCGAGGAAAGUAUCAGAUGAAGCUGGAAGGAAAGAUAGCUCAGAUGACUAUUCUCAACGUCCAACCAGAAGAUGCAGGGAAGUACAGCUGCAUCACAGGAGAUGAGAAAACCACAGCUGAAGUCAAAGUGAAACCACUUCCUGUGACAUUUAAACGAGCGAUCCAGCACCUGGUGGUGAAGGAAGGGGACAGUGGAGUGUUCUGCUGUGAGCUCUCCAAACCUGGAGCUCCAGUGGAGUGGAGGAAAGGCAGGGCGAUCCUGAAGCCUGGAGAAAAAUACGAGAUGAAGCAGGAGGGACCUUUCACUAAACUGGUUGUCAACAACGUAGAGGAGAACGAUGCUGGCAAAUAUAUCUGCAAGACUAAAGACAGCCAAUCGACUGCUGAGCUCACUGUCCAAGAAUCACCCAAGCGCAGACGCCAAAGAGGUUUACCACCAAGUUUUAAGAUGCCGCUAGUUAACCAGGAAGUGACGGAGGGCAACAGUGUGGCGCUGCGCUGUGAGCUCAACAAACCUGCCCCUUCAGUGGAGUGGAGGAAAGGAGGAGAGCUGCUGAAAAACGGAGACAAGUACCAGAUGAGGAAGAAGGACCUGCAGGUGGAGAUGAAGAUUGCUGACCUCAGUCUGGAAGACACUGGAGAUUAUACCUGUAUAUGUGGAGAACAGAGUACCAAAGCUAGGAUCAUUGUGAAUGAGCGGCCCAUCAAAUUCCUUCAAGAACUGAAGAAUAUUCAGGUGCAGGAAGGCAAUGGAGUGACGCUCUGCUGUGAGCUCUCCAAACCAGGCACUCCAGUGCAGUGGAAGAAGGGAGACAAGGUGUUGACCAACGGAGAGAAAUACCAGAUAAAGCAGAGCGGCUCCACCCUGGAGCUCCUCAUCAGGAAAAGCCAGCCUGAGGACAGUGGCACAUACAGAUGUGUUUGUGAAGACCUGAAAACGACUUCCACCAUCAUCAUCACUGCGAUCCCGGUGACUUUCAAGCAAAAGUUGAAGAACCAGGAAGCUGUGGAGGAGGGCUGUGUGACACUACGCUGUGAGCUUUCUAAAGCAGGAGUUCCAGUGGAGUGGAGGAAAGAUGCUCAACUUCUGAAGGAGGGAGAAAAAUAUCAGAUGAAGCAAGAAGGCAGGAUGGCUGAGAUGCUGAUCAGAAAUUUAACUCUCACAGAUUCGGGGGAGUACAGCUGUUUUGUUGGCACUGUUGUGACUUCAGCUGACAUCAAAGUGAGAGCGAUUCCUGUAACAUUUAAACAAGCGCUGGAGAAUUUGGAGGUGAAGGAAGGGGACAGUGGAGCUUUCUGCUGUGAGCUCUCCAAACCUGGAGCUCCAGUGGAGUGGAGGAAAGGCAGAGUCAUCCUCAAACCUGGAUACAAAUACGAGAUGAAACAGGAGGGACAUCUCACUAAACUGAUAAUCAACAACAUGGAGGAAAGUGAUGCCGGGAAAUACACCUGCAAGACGAAAGACACCCAAUCAACUGCUGAGCUCACCGUCAAAGCUCCUCCCAUCACAUUCAAGACAAAGUUAAGAAACCAGCAGGUGGAGGAGGAGAACAGCGUGAUGUUGAACUGCGAGCUGUCGAAGCCCGGCCUUGCUGUGGAGUGGAGGAAAGGACAAGAGCUGCUGAAGAAUAAUUUCAAGUACCAGAUUAAAAAUCGAAACAGCAGCAUGGAGCUGACCAUCAAAAACACACAGCUAGAGGACAGCGGACUUUACAGCUGUAUCUACGGCGACAUCAAGACCACAGCCAACAUCACCAUUACACCUAUCCCCCUCACCUUUAAAAUGGGUCUGAAGAACCAGGAGGCCCCUGAAGGAGGCAAUGUGAUCCUUCGCUGUGAGCUGUCCAGGGCUGGGGUGCCUGUGCAGUGGUGGAAGGCGGAGGACCAGCUCUAUCACGGGGGAAGAUAUCAGAUGACAUUGAAGGGGAGGACAGCCGAAAUGCACAUCAAAAACAUCCAGCCCGAGGAUGUUGGCGAGUACAGCUGCGUCUUGGGGGAGCAGAAGACAACGGCUGAAGUCAACGUGAGAGCGGCAGCAUCAGUGUUCUUUGAGAAGGAACUGGAGAGCCAAGCGGUGAUGGAGGGGAAAUCUGUGCUGAUGUCUUGUGAAGUUUCCAGUGCUAAUGUCCCUGUCACUUGGAAGAAGGACAACAAUGUGGUAGAAGGAGGGCAAUACAUUUUAAAGAAGAAAGGCCCCACACACACCCUGGAGAUCAAGAAACUGCAUAUGGAGGAUGCUGGAGAGUACUGCUGCAUCUCCAGAGGCAAGAAGACCACUGCCAAGCUGAUUGUGAGGGCUUCCUCUUCCUCCACAGAGCGCGUGCGGAUCGUUACAGAGCUGCAAGGUAUAACGGUGACAGCGGGUGAGGACGCAGUGUUUGUGUGUGAGCUGAGCCAUGCAGACGUGAGUGAGGGUGUCUGGUGGCUCGGCUCCAGCCCUCUGCAGAAGAACGAGAUGAACCAGAUGACGUGCCAGGGUCGCCAGCACCGACUGGUCCUCACUAUGACAACACCUGAGGAGACGGGCAUUGUGGCAUUUGUGGUUGGGGAGGAGAGGACCUCUGCACGUCUGCAAGUUGUUCCUAAGGCCCAAGUUUUAUUUGAGGAAAAGCCUAAAGAUGUCGUGAUCAUGGAAGGAGAGACAGCUACUUUGUCCUGCACAACCUCGGAUUUCACCUCCCCUGUUACCUGGAGGCGCAACCACAUCCCUCUCCGAAACGGUGAUAAAUAUGAGAUACUUAAGAAGGGAAAAGUCAACCUAUUGCUUAUCCGUGAUGUGGAUCCCCUGGAUACUGGCACAUACUGCUGUGAUACAGGAGAUGUGCAGAGCAGUGCUAUACUUACUGUAACAGAGCUCCCUCCAUUCUUCCAAGAAGAAUUGCAGAGUGUGAAAGUUGAGGAGGGAGGUACAGCCUCUCUGUACUGUGAGCUUUCUAAACUUGGAGUGCCAAUUCAAUGGAAGAAAAACAGGCUGCCACUAAGAGCCAGCAGAAAAAAUGAGAUCAGGCAGGAUGGCUGCCUCCUCCAGCUCCACAUCAAGGAUCUCAAACUUGAGGACAGUGGAAGCUACACAUGUCAAGCAGGAAGUGCAGAGACCACUGCUACUGUGACAGUGAAAGAGCUCCCUCCAUUUUUCAAGAGAGAAUUAAGAAGUGUGGAGGCUGAGGAGGGAGGUGCAGCCUCUCUGUGCUGUGAGCUGUCUAAACCUGGAGUGUCACUACAGUGGAAGAAGAACAGGCAGCCUCUGAGAGCCAGCAGAAAGUACGAGAUGAAACAAGAUGGCUGCCUCCUCCAGCUGCACAUCAAGGAUCUCCAACCUGAGGACAGCGGCAGCUACACAUGUCAAGCAGGAAGUGCAGAGACCACUGCUACUGUAUCAGUGAAAGAGCUCCCACCAUUUUUCAAAGAUGAAUUGCAGAACGUGGAGGCUGAAGAGGGAGGUGCAGCCUCUCUGUGCUGUGAGCUGUCCAAAGCUGGAGUGUCAGUACAGUGGAAGAAGAACAGGCUGCCACUGAGAUCCAGCAGGAAGUAUGAGAUGAAGCAAGAUGGCUGCCUUCUCCAGCUCCACAUCAAGGAUCUCAAACCUGAUGACAGCGGCAGCUACACAUGUCAAGCAGGAAGUGCAGAGACCACUGCUACUGUGUCAGUGAAAGAGCUCCCUCCAUUCUUUAAGAAAGACUUAGAUAGUGUAGAGACUGAGGAGGGAGAUACAGCCUCUCUGUGUUGUGAGAUGUCUAAACCUGGAGUGUCAGUACAAUGGAGGAAGAACAGGCUGCCUCUGAGAGCGAACAGGAAGUACGAGAUGAAACAAGAUGGCUUCCUCCUCCAGCUCCACAUCAAGGAUCUCAAACUUGAGGACAGUGGAAGCUACACAUGUCAAGCAGGAAGUGCAGAGACCACUGCUACUGUGACAGUGAAAGAGCUCCCUCCAUUCUUUAAGAAAGACUUAGAUAGUGUAGAGACUGAGGAUGGAGAUACAGCCUCUUUGUACUGUGAGCUGUCUAAACCUGGAGUGUCAGUACAAUGGAGGAAGAACAGGCUGCCUCUGAGAGCCAGCAGAAAGUAUGAGAUAAUGCAAGAUGGCUGCCUCCUUCAGCUGCACAUCAAGGAUCUCCAACCUGAGGACAGCGGCAGCUACACAUGUCAAGCAGGAAGUGCAGAGACCACUGCUACUGUAUCAGUGAAAGAGCUCCCACCAUUCUUCAAGGAAGACUUACAAAGCGUGGAGACUGAGGAGGGAGGUGCAGCCUCUCUGUACUGUGAGCUGUCUAAACUUGGCGCAUCAGUACAAUGGAAGAAGAAUAGGCUUCCACUCAGAGCUAGCAGGAAGUAUGAGAUAAAGCAAGAUGGCUGCCUUCUCCAGCUGCACAUCAACAAUCUCAAACCUGAGGACAGCGGCAGCUACACAUGUCAAGCAGGAAGUGCGGAGACCACUGCUACGGUGUCUGUGAAAGAGCUCGUACCAUUCUUCAACAAAGAAUUACAAAGCGUGGAGGCUGAAGAGGGAGGUGCAGCCUCUCUGUGCUGUGAGCUGUCCAAAGCUGGAGUGUCAGUACAGUGGAAGAAAAACAGGCUGCCACUGAGAGCGAACAGGAAGUAUGAGAUGAAGCAAGAUGGCUGCCUCCUCCAGCUCCACAUCAAGGAUCUCAAACCUGAGGACAGCGGCAGCUACACAUGUCAAGCAGGAAGUGUAGAGACCACUGCUACUGUGUCAGUGAAAGAGCUCCCUCCAUUUUUCAAGAGAGAAUUAAGAAGUGUGGAGGCUGAGGAGGGAGGUGCAGCCUCUCUGUGCUGUGAGCUGUCUAAACCUGGAGUGUCACCACAGUGGAAGAAGAACAAGCUGCCUCUGACAGCGAAGAGGAAGUAUGAGAUAAAGCAAGAUGGCUGCCUCCUCCAGCUCCACAUCAAAGAUCUCAAAGCUGACGACAGCGGCAGCUACACAUGUCAAGCAGGAAGUGCAGAGACCACUGCAACUGUGACAGUGAAAGAGCUCCCACCAUUCUUCAAGGAAGACUUAGAAAGUGUGGAGGCUGAGGAGGGAGGUACAGCCUCUCUGUACUGUGAGCUGUCUAAACCUGGAGUGUCAGUACAAUGGAAGAAGAACAGGCAGCCACUGAGAGCAAACAGGAAGUAUGAGAUGAAGCAGGAUGGCUGCCUCCUCCAGCUCCACAUCAAGGAUCUCAAACCUGACGAUAGCGGCAGCUACACAUGUCAAGCAGGAAGUGCAGAGACCACUGCUACUGUAUCAGUGAAAGCACUAGAGCUGACACCACCAAAGGCAGAUCCUCCCACGAUACUGCCCCGGGAAAAGGGCACUGUUUCCAAACCAACUCAUACUCCAGAGAACCAGAAGCCUGGACUCCAAGAGGUCCAGCCUGUUCCUCCAGAGCCCAAAAAGAGAGCUAAUAGGAAAGCAUCUAUUACAAGUUUAGAAAAACAUAUGGAGCCAAUGUUUGACCUAAAACAGGGCAUCCAACCUGCAAGAUCUAUGGAGAAAGACUUUGAUGUUGCACAGAACGUAACACAACUGGAGAAGCAUGGGGAGAAAGACAGUGAGGUGUACAAGGACAUUGACAAGACAGUGAGACUACUGGAGAAGGAUGAUGGGGUUGACAAGGAGGCGGAAGAGCCAGCAAGGCCUUUGGAAAGGGAGAAAGACGUUUUCAAGAGACAACCAGGAACGAAUUCUGAGAACCACAAAGUUGACCGUAACGCAAGUCAGUUAGACAGGGUUCAGGGAGACACUUUGUUUGAACAAAAGAAAAGGGGAAAUGAAGUUGAAGAGAGCUCAAAACAAGCAGGAAAGCCUUCAGAGAAAACAAGUGAAGUUGAGAGGAAGGAAAGCCAUCCAGGAAAAGUCCUGUGGCAGAACAGUCAAGAUGAAAAACAGCCUGUGAAACUAUUAGAUAAGUUUAUUGGUAAUAAAACAAAGGAACAAGAAGAGAAGUCCACAGUAAAGGAGGGCAAAGUAGAGGAAGAGGAACCUUUAAAACCACCAGUAAGAUCUAAAGGAAAGGUAACAGGGGUGAAGGAGCCAUUUAAAUAUGUUCCAAAGGAAACUGAGGAGAUCAUUGUCCAAUCAGUAAAGCCUACUGUAAAUGAUUCUGAAGAAGACCAUAAACAGAGAGACCAUGUGAAACAACAAGUGGCCAUAGAGGCAGAGAGAGAGGAAAAGCCACUAAAACUAGUGCCGUCUGUAAAUCAGCUGGACAAACAGUCAGUCGAACAACCAGUAAAGACUUUAGAAAAAGAGGCUGAAUUUGCCCCUCCAAAACCACCUGUGAGGAUAAAAAGCAAAGCAAAGGGGGGAAUGAAAAAACAAUCAUCAAGGGACACAGAGACAGAUCAAGAUGAUGGGGCGAUGACAAGAGUUGUGGUGAAAACAACAGAUGAUCAGCCAAUUAAAAUGUCAGUAGGGUCUUUGAAAAAAGAGGUUGAAGAGAAACCAAUAUUUGAGAGGAAACAAUCAGUAAAAACAGACACUGAGAUAGUUGAGAAAAUUAAGCAACCUGUGAAAGCUGCGGAGAAAGAUGCAAACACUAAACAGACGAUCAAACAACCAGUAAAACCCAUGAGAAAAGAACCUGAACUGGUGCAGGAAAUGAAACUUGUAGUCGAGCCAAUGAGAAGGGAGGAAGAACAACAAAGAACAAAGACGACAGAAGACAUUCCUCUCCUCUACAUUUCUGAAGAUGAAACUUUCUUAGAGGCUUUGACUGACAUACCAGCCAACCACAGCAAUGUCCAGCCCCCUGGUGCUUUUGUUGAGGGGUCCACCCAACCCGCUACUCUUCCUCCAAUUAAUGUACCGCAGAAGGCACAACCACCAAAUGAAGGUACACCGGAGAUGGACAUCAGCGUUGAGGAUGAACCACAAAUGAGAGAGGCUGCAGUCAAGAUCCAGGCUGCCUUCAAAGGCUACAAAACCCGCAAAGACAUGCGACCUGUCUUUAAAGAGGUGUUUAAGAACCAGAGUGCAGAUCUUCAUGGUACAGUCACUCUAGUGUGUAUUGUAGAAGGAAAAGUCAGCACAGCACGCUGGCUAAAACACGGCCAACAAAUCCUUAAUGACCAGCGGCGCUGUGUUGAGACUACAGAGAACGGUGUCUGCAGACUGGUGAUCAAAAACCUGACUACCUUUGACAGUGGAAUCUAUACAUGUGAGGUGGUGAAUACGUUUGGUGUGACCUCCUACAAUGGAAACUUAACAGUAGUACCGCCUCAGAAGCCUGUUCCGGCAGUCCAAAAACCUGUACACCCUCCACUUGCAGCCAUAACUCCUCUGCAACUCGCCCCGCCAAAGCUUGAGGCCCAGGCCAAAGCACAGACUCAGGAUCUGUCUGAGACUCAAACCCAGAUACCCACUUCAGCUACAGUUGCUGCGAACUACGUAGAAAAUGUGAGCGUCUCUCUGUGGGAGGCCUACAACCUGACGGAGAAGGACACUCAGAUGAGCCUACGAGAGAGGAGAGGAUCCUCACUCAUUGCUGCCAGCUCCAUGUCGAGUCCCUCGGAUUAUGACACAGCUCCAGAUGUGAUGGAACCUGUUGAGACUGGCCCAGCUGUACCAAGGGAAGUAACUAAAGCAGCGGACAAAGUGCCUCCAAAAGAUGAUAAAGAACAGAUGGCUCCUCCACAAUCUCCAAAGAAACUACUGAAGGUCAAAGGGGCUCACGAAAGUAGAAUGAGGACACCCUCUCCUAAACACCACCGCACUCACACGCCCUUAACUAGUGCCGUCUCUGGAUCAGAGUCAGAAGGGGAAGAGGAUAGACGAGAGACAUUUGAAAUGUAUGUGGCUCGAGCUGAUUGCAGUCCAAACAGCGGAAAAAAGGACAGUUUUGUUCUGAAGGAGGGCCAGUUUGUAGAAGUCCUGGACUCUGUUCAUCCGGACAGGUGGCUGGUGAGGACCAAACCCACCAAAACCAACCCUGCUCGACAGGGAUGGGUGUGUCCAGCCUACCUGGAGAAGAAGAGGAAGGAGACCUUCCCGCAACUGAGAGCACCUCAAGAGGAUCUUGAUGGAAUUGGGUCUACUGGAGAAGAGUACAGGAGAGCUCUGAGCCAGCUGAUUCAAGGCCUGAUUGAUGGAGAAGAGGAGUUUGUAAAGGAGAUGAAGAUGUUUACCUCUCACCAGCUGAAUUAUUUGGAUUCUAGCCGCCACGUCCCCAUUAACAUCCUUAACCAGAAGGAGAUCAUUUUCAGGAAUAUCAAGGACAUUGUGUUUCUGCAUGAGAGGUCCAUCCUUCCCGGGCUAAGAGAGUGUGCCACAGACGACGAUGUGGCUAUGCAUCUGAUCAAACACACAGAGGACUUUGAGAAAUAUCUUCACUACAUGGUGGGACAAGCACAAGCAGAGGCCUGCGUCGCUGACAAGGCUGUCCAACAGUAUUUCAAAGAGUUACCAGAAUCUGGUAAGCCUGAAGAUCCUGUCAUGGAUGUCCUUACCUUCCUCCAGCGACCAGUGGAGAGGAUUCAAACUUACCAGGCUUUACUGAAGGAGCUGAUCAAGAACAAAGCCAAAAGUGGCCAGAGCUGCUGUCUUUUGGAGGAUACCUUCUCCAUGGUGUCCUGUCUACCCUGGAGAUCUGACAACCUGCACCAGGUGUCCCUCAUCGAGAACUACCCAGCUCCUCUAAUGGCCCUGGGCGAGCCCAUGCGACAGGGAGUCUUCACAGUGUGGGAGGAAUCUCCAGACAUCAAGACGGGCUCCAGAGGGCAUCAAAGACAAGUCUUUCUCUUCAAGGAAUGUAUUGUACUGUGUAAACUUAAAAGAGACACCAGUAUGAACAGUGACACCUUCACAUUCAAGAACAAAAUGAAGCUAAAUGAUGUGGACAUAAAGGAGACUUUGGGCGGAGAUGAAAAGUCUUGGGGGUUGUGGCAUGAGCACAGGGGCUCAGUGCGGAGGUACACACUGCAGGGACGCUCCACCCUGGUCAAACUCUCCUGGCUCAAGGACCUGAAGGAGCUACAGCAACGUUCCAGUCUGCCCACUAACAGCCCACCAGUGUUUGAAGCACCGUUGUCUGACUGCACAACAAAGAUAGGACAGACAAUCAAACUGACCUGUAAGGUCACAGGAUCACCAAAACCGGUGGUCAGCUGGCUCAAAGAUGGCCUUCCUUUAGAGGACGACCCCCGUCACAUCAUCACAGCAGACCGGUCAGGCACCUGCAGUCUCAUCCUCGACAGCCUCACUGCAGAGGACUCUGGACAGUAUGCCUGCUAUGCUAUCAGCUGCAUGGGCAGCGCUGGUACUCUGGCUAAGGUUGUGGUGCGCGCUCCACCCAGAUUUGUGUGUCGGUUAGAGAGUGCUUGUCUGAUAGAAGGAGAGAAUAUACAGUUUACCUGCUCCACACUUACUACUCCUUUACCACGAAUCAGGUGGUUGAAAGAUGGCAGAGAGUUGACUGACCAGCAAAAAUACGUCAUCCUGAAUGAUGCUCGGAGUGGAAUCUUGUGUCUGACGGUCAUCAGUGCAACAGAGGCAGAUAUUGGACAGUAUGAGUGUGAGCUUUGGAAUGAGUUUGGCUGCAUCAAGUGCAAGGCAGGGCUGUGUCCCGCUUACGUACCACCGAUCGACAUUGAGGAUGACCAACCACAGGACUUACCUUCUGAAGAUGCAGACUCAGAGGGCUGGUCCACUGCCUUUGUGAAGAAAUGGCUACAGACGGAUUUCAGUCCGACCUCUAUUGCUAAGAUGCUCUUCCCUCCUGGACACCCUGAACAAACUGAAUAUAGCACUGAAGAGGCUGUUCCUGCCUCGACAUCCAUGGAUCAGGCGAUACAGCAGCCUGUGUGUUACCUCGAGGAAGAAGAGGAGAUCUACAUCUCAGAGCAAAUGCAGGAAAUUACAGAUGCUCCUCCCUCCAUCCAGGUACCCACUGAGGAUCUGUGUGUAGAACCUGGCCAACCAGCUACAUUUACUGCCAUCAUCACAGGAAGGCCGACUCCUAAUAUACAGUGGUACAAGGAUGGAGAAGAGCUUGCAGCCAAUAAUAAUGUAGAGAUAGUACAGCAUGGCGCCCGCUGCACAGUGACCAUUGUGUGCCCCGACGGUGAGGACAGUGGCAUAUAUACCUGCUUGGCCUACAACGACUCUGGCCAUGCCUCAUGCCAGGCUGAACUGACAGUGGAGGAAGGCCCACUGGAGUGUCAGGAAAGAGAGGUGGAGCUCGGGAAGAGAAGGAAGUUAUUCUCCGUCUAUGAUGUCCAUGAGGAAAUUGGAAGGGGAACCUUCGGGGUAGUAAAGCGAGUAGUCCACAGAAGAACAUGUGAAGUGUUUGCUGCCAAGUUCCUGCCUCUGCGGAGCAGCACUCGGACCAGGGCCUUCCAGGAGAGGGACUUGCUAUCCCGUCUGGCUCACCCCAGAGUUGCCUGUCUGCUGGACUUCUUUUGUACCAGACGCACUCUGGUGCUGAUCACAGAAAUCUGCUGUUCUCAUGGACUUCUGGACCAUUUAUUACUAAAAGGAUCAGUCCCUGAGAGAGAGGUUCGGUCAUACAUCCAGCAAAUCCUUGAAGGAGUUGGUCACAUUCACAGCAUGAACAUUUUGCACCUGGACAUUAAACCUGAUAAUAUACUCAUGGUGUAUCCGCCCAGAGAUGAGAUCAAGAUCUGUGACUUUGGCUUUUGCCAAGAAAUAGACACAUCCAGACACCAAUACAGUAUGUUUGGUACACCAGAGUUUGUUGCCCCUGAAAUUGUUCACCAAGAACCAGUCACUGUGACCACCGAUAUUUGGUCUGUAGGUGUAAUAGCCUAUAUAUGUCUGGUGUGCCGUUGCCCUUUUGCGGGACCGACAGACCGUGCUACACUGCUGAGGGUGGGGGAGGGGACCCUGAACUGGGACGCCCCUGACGUCUCCUCAAGGAGCCCUGAUGCCCAGAACUUUCUCCACAUGCUCCUUCAGCCAGAUCCAGAGAAGCGACCAUCUGCCUUUGAGUGCUUGAGCCACAAAUGGCUCCAGGACGAACAUGCAGGAGAAGACACGGAUGAAAUCAACACCAAGACUUUGAAAAUCUUCAUCUCAAAAAGGAAAUGGCAGCGUUCGUUGACCUGCAUUGGCUCAGUUCUCACUUUGAGGCUCAUCCCUGAGCUGCUGGACGCUCCUAUCAGAGAGACUGCAGUGACAGUGCCCCGCGAGCCCCAGGAGCACAGCAGCACCUCUGUGAGCAGUGGCUCCUCAUCGGAGUAUGACGAAGCUGACUCUUGGGACUUUUUCCAGCACUACAGCCCGACUGAGGAGGAGGAAGAAACUGAGGAGGACUAUGAUCCUUUAACGGAGAGAGCGCACAUCCCAGAGCCUUUUGCCAAACUCCACCUAGAUGCAGAAGAGGAAGUGACAUUAGGGGAGGAAGAAGAGGAGGAGAUGGUAGGAAGGAGGAGUGUACUAGAGCGGAGUAUGAGCAGGCAGUCAGUUGCGUCGUCAGAUGUGUCAGGCCAACAGACGCCUCACAGGGAGCGUAGGUUCAGCAAGGACAGCAGUCAAUCUCUCUACCUUUCUGAUGGAAGUGAGGGUUCAGGGAGUGACGGAGCUCGUAUCCCUCGUGGCAGCGUCAUCCGAAGCACUUUCUACAGCACAUCUCAUCAGCUUUCACCCAUGUCUGCCAGACACAUGACAUUACGGGACAAAUUCCAGGUCAAAAAGCAGGAGAGAGGCCGCAAACCACUCCGGAGAAGCUUUUCUGGACGUCUCAACGAGCCUCUUAUUGAAUAUGUGGAGGAUGAGACGGAGACCAAUCGUGGCCAAAGACGGGGAUCUGUCCAGCCUACAAUGCAGAAGUCCUGUUCCUUUGACAGUGGUGUUGGCCUCGCCCACACCAACGUACCCCCUCACAGGAGGAGCAGGUCUCUUGAUGAGUAUUCACGGCGAUCUCCCAGCUCACCCAAGCGCACAAAGUCAGGUGAAGAAGAAGGCUCUCAAAGUCUAAAGGAAGAUUUAACAGAUGAUGAAGUGGCAGGGAGAGGAUUGUUGGCCAUCCCGAGCCCUCGGCGACCCACAAGAAGAAGAGGCUCUGUCGCUCCAAUACAAGGGACUCGCGUGCCAGGUGGAUCAUCUGUUCCCUCAAGCGUCCUUGCUGGAGACAGAAUGAGCCCCAGGCUGGAUCAGGAGCAGGCAGCGGGCAACACCUUCGCUGGCUCCCAGGGGUCUCUUGCUGAGUCGUCUAUUUUAGAGCACGGUGGCUCUGAGUCUUCAAGCAGACUCGGCUCCUAUGAGGAGCUGAGUCAUGGUCAUCUCUCAGCGAGGCACAGAUCAGGAGAGAGUGAAGUGUAUGAUGAUCAAAGGGAGCCUCUGAUUUCACCAUCCCCACGCUCAUUCCAAGAGGUCAAACCGAGAAGCUUAUUUCCCCAGGCACCGCCACGUAACCGCACCCGCUCCAACCCCAACAUAUCCACAAACAGCAGGGGUCAGCCAGGGACCCCACUAACAGUGAGUCCCAGUCCCAGCCUCUCUUCUCUGCAGGCCCCAGAGAGGCCUCCCAGAGCCAAGGACAGAAAGGAGGGCUGUGGCCUCCAAAGGCAUGCAUCUGCUCCGGCCCUCGAAGCCCAGCCACCUACAGGAAAGUCCCCCAAGCUGGGACUGCUGAAGAUCUUCCGCAGGCAGUCCUGGACCAGCCAUUCAUACUCCCAGCUGGACAACACAGAGUUAGGACCCACACUAGGAGAGAUCAUGAAGCCAGAUACUCCCACCAUGUCUCUGAGGAAGAAAAUGAGAGCUUCAGCCUCCAGCCUGACCAAGCUGUUUUCCAGGUCUUCUAGUAAGGAGGAUGUGAAUAAAGGAGGGCCGAUAGUAAAAGGAUCAGCUCCCAUCGCACCUGAAAGGCAGCACAGAACUGGUCUUGAGAGUCCAAAAAAGAGGACCGCCAAACUAUUACCUUCUUUUAAAAUACCUGCAUUCAAUAAGACCAAAGAUCUGCUGGCCCGUCCCAACAAGCCUGAAGUGCUCCAGUUAGAUGGAGGUGGAGUCCUGCUGGUUUGGAAACCAGUCCAGUCCAGUAACCCUGUCAACUUCUGUGUGCAGUACUGUACAGAAGGUGGGGAGUGGACGGUCCUGUCGGAGGAUGUGACUGAAAGCUGCUAUGUGGUGAAGGACUUACCCAGAGGAGCCUCUUAUGUGUUCCGAAUAGGCUGCAUCACCAAGACAGGAGCAGGACCUUUCAGUGAUGCUUCAGCACCUGUUGUUAUGGCUACUCAUCCUGAAGAGAUUCACAUUCCUCUAAUCCAGACUGAGUCACUGGGGUCAAAGGUCACUGGGUCAGAACGACAGACAACACACAAGAACUACAAUUUCCUCUCCGAGAUCAACAGGGGUCGUUUCAGCGUAGUUACCCUGUGCAGGGAUGCCGAGACCAGCCAAGUGUUUGUUGCCAAGAUCACCCCUUACCAGGCAGAGCAGAGACAAUUGGUGCUGAGGGAAUACCAGCUGCUGAAGAGGCUUCAUCACCCUCACCUGGUGCAGCUGCACACUGCCUAUUUCACCUCCUGCUACCUGGUGUUAGUGGAGGAGCUCUGUCCCGGCAGGGAGCUGCUCUACAGUCUGGCAACGAGAGAUCUGUACGCAGAGACUCACAUCGCCGAGCUACUGGUUCAAAUUCUGAGUGCAGUUGACUACCUUCACAGCCGUCGAGUCAUCCACCUGGACCUGAAGUCUGACAACAUGCUGGUGGAUGAUUGCAACCACCUGAAGAUAGUUGACUUGGGCUCGGCUCAGUCCUUCACACCCGGUCAGCCUCUCAACAUCGAGCACAUCCAGGGACUGUCAGAGAGCAAAGACUGCCGCAGUAAAGUUUAUAUUGUCCUUCCUAAAGCUCCGGAAAUCCUGGAAGGUCACGGUGUCGGGCCUGAAACUGACAUUUGGGCUAUUGGAGUCCUGUCCUUCAUCAUGUUGAGUGCCGACAGCCCGUUCCAUGCAGAGCACAGCUGGGAGCAAGACAGAAACAUCAAGAAAGGGAAGAUCCAGUUUGGGCGCUGUUACCCUGGUCUGUCGGAGGGAGCCUUAAACUUCAUGAAGAGCAGCAUGAAUAACAAAUCCUGGGGGAGACCCACUGCAGCCGAGUGUCUCCAGAACCCGUGGCUGCGUGCCCAUCGUGCCCCACACAAAGGCCGACCUUCCAAAGUGUGUUUCUCCACAGACAAGCUUAAAGAUUACCUCAAGCAGAAGGAGGAGAAACGAGACCAGGUCCGCAUCAAGCUUCAGGGUCCCUUCUUCCAGUAAGGCAACACUGUGUUUUUUUUUUUGUUUUUUUUUACUAGUGGCUUUUCCUAGAAACUAUAACACAUUUCAUUUCAGCUGAUAGUUUCCUGUGUGGCUCAUUUCUAACUAGCUAGAGCCAGGCCACAUUAUGAAAAUCAUUAUAGUACCCUCUGAUUUUAAAAUUGUAAUGCGUCUUAAUGAAUUUUCAAAGUGUAUUUAUCCAUUAGCUUGUAUAUGUUAAUGUGCUGCAUUGUUUGUGCUUUGGUUUAUAUGGAAACAUAUCAGGGAUAAGGUUUAGUCUAAGAGUGCAUGAGUUGUAAAAUUUAGAUUUUGUGACACAAGAAACUGUUGUUUUCCCUCUGUGUCAGGCAGAGUUUAGCCUUAAAGUGCAAACAGUUUUCUUGUAAAUGUACACAUUUUGCCUUAAAGUUAUAAUGUAAAAAUGGAAAAUCAAUUAGAUUUUUGAAUGCUUCAUAAUAGUUAAAUAUUGGGUUAGUCACCCACCCGAAUGAGUUGAUAAAUGAAAGAUUAAUUAAAAAGCACAAAAGUGGUCAAGUCA